AUGCCUCCUUCAUACACAAUCUCGAACGCCCUCCCUUCAGACGCUUCAGCGAUAUCCUCUCUCUUCGCACUAUCAUGGCAGUCCCCCUUCUCCCGCCUUCAAUUCGGAAACGUAGAGCCACACGAUCUGGAUAAGGCGAUGACGCCGAAAAUCGCGCAGCAGAUAGAGGAAGGGAGGAUGGUGUUCAUAGUUGCAAGGGAAGAGGGGAGUGGUGACGUUGUUAGUGUCGCGCAGUGGAGUGUCCCUCCUUCUCUUUCUAUAGAGGAGAAAGUGCAGGAAAAAGAAGAAAGAGAAGAAAGAGAAGCGUUUGAUGAAGAAGUCUAUCUGAAUUCCCUUCCGCCUACUUGUAAUCACGCUCUUAUCUUUGAGUUCACGACGCGGCUUCGUGUUCUACGCGAGCGUACAUUACAAGGCGCUCCGCAUUUUCUUCUUGAUAAUCUAGCGACGCAUCCAGAACAUCGGGGACAAGGAUUAGCGGCACGGCUUAUACGGCAUGCGCUGGAUAUGGCUGAUGAGAGGGGUGUGGUUGUGUAUCUGGAAACAGGGGAGGAAAAUAAGGUGAGGGGGUUGUACGAGAGGUUGGGAUUCGAAGAGAAGGGAAGAGAGAGGAUUGAGUUGAAGAGGUUUGCGAGUAGGGAGGAGAGAGAGCGGUUGGAGGUGGGGGAUAUGCAUGUCGUCAUUGGGUACGUAAGGCUGCUAUCUAAGACAACAUAG